AUGACGGAAAAGCCCACUCCCAGUGAUUUGUCGCUCGGUUCGCUAAAGAAGCGGCACAUCGCGGGCGUACGGGUCACAGCCAUCAUUGACGUAUUUACCAAAGCGGGCGUGAGAUAUGGCCUGAGAACUCUGCUCGGACAUGGAGCGGGUGCCUACAUCCAGGCUGCGUUUGCGGUCACACAGGCUGUGGUAGUCCCGACUGACGGGCCGAACGGGCUGGCCUUCAUGCUGCUAACCCAGUUCAGCGGCAUGGCGCUAGGCCUAUCCAUCAGCGACGCCAUACUUGUCAACGUCGCGUCGAAUGCCCUCUCCGCCCUGCUCCUAGCCUCCCAACCCUAG